GCGGAGAUGAGCGCGCUGCGGAGCGGCGCGGGCCGACUGCUGCUGGCGUGGCGCUCGUCGCCUGGGCCGGACCGCGGCUGCCGAGCCGCCUCGCGGUAUUACGCGAUCGACGAGGGCGUGUUCGGCCUGUCCGAGCAGCAGAAAGAGCUGAGGAGCCUGGUGUUCAACUUGGCGCAGAGCGAGCUCGCGCCCAAGGCCGCCGAGAUCGAUAAGAAGAACCACUUCGACGGGCUGCGACCAUUCUGGAGACAACUCGGCAAGCUCGGUCUGCUGGGCAUCACCGCGAAGGAGGAGUACGGCGGCACGGGUGGCGGCUACCUCGAGCACGUGGUCAUUCUGGAGGAGCUGAGUCGAGCUUGCGCCGCGGUGGCUCUCAGCUACGGCGCUCACUCGAACCUCUGCGUCAAUCAGAUUCAUCGCAACGGCACCGAGGAGCAGAAGCGCAAGUACCUGCCGAAGCUGUGCAGCGGAGAACACGUCGGCGCGCUGGCGAUGUCGGAGCCAGGCGCUGGCUCGGACGUCGUUUCCAUGAAGCUGAGGGCCGAGAAGAGGGCCGACCACUACCUGCUGAACGGCAAUAAGUUCUGGAUCACGAACGGGUCCGACGCCGACGUGCUGGUCGUGUACGCGAGGACGGACCCGUCCGCGGCCAAGAAGCAGCACGGUAUCACCGCUUUCAUCGUGGAGAAGGGCUUCGAAGGCUUCACCACGGCCCAGAAGCUCGACAAGCUGGGCAUGAGAGGCUCCAACACCUGCGAGCUCAUCUUCGAAGACUGCAAGGUUCCCGUGAGCAACGUGCUGGGCCAAGAGAACAGAGGCGUGUACGUCCUCCUCAGCGGUCUGGAUCUGGAGAGGCUGGUGCUGGCAGGCGGUCCACUGGGGAUCACGCAGGCCUGCUGUGACGUGGCCUUCGAGUACGCGCACACGAGGAAGCAGUUCGGCAGGCACAUCGGCGAGUUCCAGCUGGUACAGGGCAAAAUGGCCGACAUGUACGCGAAGCUGUGCGCCGGCAGAAGCUACCUGUACUCGGUGGCGCGCGCUUGCGACGGCGGCCGGGUCAAUCGCAAGGACUGCGCGGCCGUGAUACUGUACACCGCCGAGAAUGCCACGCGGUGCGCCCUCGACGCCAUCCAGAUUCUCGGCGGCAACGGUUACAUCAACGACUACCCGACCGGUCGCUUGCUGAGGGACGCCAAGCUCUACGAGAUCGGCGCCGGAACCAGCGAGAUCCGCAGAAUGGUCAUCGGCCGCGCGAUCAGCGAGGAGUACGCCUGAGCGCGCUCGGACUGUGCGCGUUCCCGUCUUCCUGCUUGUAUCGUUCGUUUCUCCUCCAGAAACUGCAGAAAGAGAAAAAAAAAGAAAAGAAAA